CUGCCCGGAAAAGAAAUUGGCAGGGAAGAACUCCGUGCAGAACGGCGUGCAGAAGUGCUGUGUGUGUGUGUGUACGUGUGUGUGUGUGUGUGCGCCCGCGAUGUGGAGAGGUUCAUUCACACACGGCCCAAAAGGAAAUAGGGGUGCUGCCUGGGUCGGAGAGAGAAGAAGGAAGACGACAGAAAGCGAAGCGAAGGGAAGAAGUAAAACGACAAAAAGCAUCGGAGGAAGGGCAGGAGAAGUGCCACGUGUCUGAAGGUUGAGGCGGAACGGAUAAGAAGACAAGCGGGUAGAAUCUUUUGUCGUAUCUUCUCGGGGGGUAAUUUGGAGAUAGGCAAGUAGAGAAGGGAGAAACGGCAAAACCGAUCCUACAGAAGAAGAGAAGAGGACUUUAUCGAGAGGGCAAAGGCGAGAGGGCUUGGCUGCUGAAUAGAGAUAAAUAGUCUUUUGUCCUAUCUACUCGGGGGAUAUAAUUUGUGGAUAAGCUGAUCGAAUCUUAGAGAAUAUUCUUUCUUGGGUAAGGUGGGAAGGUAGGCGGCAGGAAGAGAUACCAUGGCGCAUCGAUUACUACGAGACUUGGAGGCAGAUGGGUGGGAGAGGAGCGACUUCCCAAUCAUUUGCGAGAGUUGCUUAGGAGACAAUCCCUACGUCAGAAUGACAAAGGCGAAUUUCGACAAGGAAUGCAAGAUUUGCACUCGUCCUUUCACGGUUUUCCGCUGGCGGCCGGGAAGAGAUGCUCGCUACAAGAAGACUGAAAUCUGUCAGACGUGCUCGAAGCUAAAGAAUGUUUGCCAGGUGUGCUUGCUAGAUCUGGAGUUCGGGCUGCCAGUGCAGGUCAGAGACACGGCCAUGGGGAUCUCAAGUGAUACUAUCCCAAGGAGCGACGUGAACAGGGAGUACUUUGCGGAGCAACAGGAUAACCUGGCUCAUGCUGGUGCAGACUUUGAGUCUCUCUAUGGCAGAAGCAAGCCGAACGACCUUAUUCUUCAACUGCAGAGGACAACACCCUACUACAGGCGAAAUCGAGCACACAUUUGCAGUUUUUAUGUUCGUGGGGAAUGCACUCGUGGAGCUGAAUGUCCGUAUAGGCAUGAGAUGCCCAUAACUGGAGAGCUUUCACAGCAGAAUAUCAAAGACCGAUACUAUGGUGUGAAUGAUCCAGUGGCAAACAAGCUAUUCCGGAAAGCUGGGGAGAUGUCUCUGCUCACUCCUCCUGAAGACGACAGCAUCACUACUCUUUACAUCGGCGGUCUUGAUCAGCGAAUUUCAGAAGAAGAUUUGAAGUCCAACUUUCAGUCACAUGGCGAGAUUCAAUCCAUCAGGCUGGUUCCCAAUCGAGCUUGUGCCUUCAUCACCUACACGUCACGACAAGGUGCCGAGAAGGCAGCAGAGGCUUGCGCCAACAAGCUGGUUAUAAAAGGUUUGAGGCUGAAGCUCAUGUGGGGACGGCCACAAGUGCCAAAAUUAGAGGAAGGCAAGGGGGAAGACGACGAGGACGGAGAGGGUAGAGGGUCGAUUCUAGGCGCAGGUGGUGCCGGUAUUCUUGGCAGUGGUGCAGCUGCGUCGACAUCUGGUUCAGGCGCAAGCAGUCAGACAGGCGCGUCGUCACUCCCGAGCACGUCGCUUCCAGCUCUCACACAUGGUGGGCUAUUGCCCCGAGCGGUCAUGCCAGUACAACAGCAGCAGCCGCCGCAGCAACAGCAUCAGCCUCCGCCCCCAUCGCUUCCGCCACCUGUGAAUUACUUCAACAUCCCACCCCCACCACCACCGCUAGGUCUUCCCGGAUCGGACAAAUCGUAUUAUCCUUCGAUGGACCCACAGAGGAUGGGGGCUGUCACCCCUUCAUCGAACGGGGCAGCAGCUUCUUCGUCGGCGCCUGAAGGGGGUGGGGGUUCCGGACCGGCGGCGGCGCCGCCGCCGCCUGGCAGCGUUGUUUUCCAGCCAGCGGAUCAACAGCAGCAAGCGAACUUUGCAGGCCCGUUUUAUCCGUUUGUGCCAUUCAUGGUGUUCCCGUCAUCGGCACCCGGGUCUCAGCAACAUCAACAACAGCCGUUCAGGCCGGUGCAGCACCUUUUCCAAUCCCAUCUUCCGCCGCAGCCACUUGGUCCUGGAAACGAGUAUAUGAUGCAGGGCGGUUUGGUUCAAGGAAUGCCGGGCCCUAUGGGACCGCCACCGCCUUCCUUACCUCCGCCCCGUCUUGGAGGCAAUGGCCAGUUUCAACAAGGGAAUCAGGCACCGGGACCGCCACCGCAGCAGGUCUUCCAAAACCCAUACUGACCUCUCUCGUAAGUGUGUACACGGACAUCGUGUCCGAGAUUUUGCUGUGAGAAUGCGAUGAUCUCGAGGUGUCUAUUGAUUACGACAGAGGCCUAAGGGGAUGAGGAUGUGCAUUGGAACAGAAUCAAAAGAUAUAUCUUUCCUUUGCUGGCAUGAACCAACCCACGAAAUCGCACAAGUUCAUGGCUUGGGAAGU